AUGGCAGAAAGACGAAAAAGAAAACCCUCGGGAGCUGAGUAUCAUAAACGAAAGGCUGAGAAGGAAAAGGACCAAGCAAAACAGCAGGGAUCCUUCCUGAAAUAUUUUCUCUUUAAUCCAAAUAAAGCUGGAAGCAGUUCACAGCAUCCAGAUGAAGGAAUUUUACUUGGAGAGGAGGUUAGCUCACAUCUGCAUGGAAACAGUUUGGAACAUCAAGAUGAAGAUGAAGGCAGCUCACAGCAUCAGAAUGAUAUGGAAGUGGAGAAAAUUUAUUCACUUUCAGAGAGACAUGCAGAAAUUGAAGUAAAUGAAGUAGAAGGAAGAAAGGAUGAGGACUUUACAAACAAGUUACACUAUGGGGACCCAGCUUCAUGGCCCAGAUGUGAUGACAGCUCAACAUGCUGUUGGGACAUUCUGACUCGCCACGUGAAUUCUCUAACUGUGAAAUCACUUAGUCAGACAAGAUGGGAGAGUCGCAGUGAUGCUCUUAGUCUUCGCUAUGAACUUGGAAACAUUUAUGAUGCCCUAAUUGAAAUUUCUGAUGAUACUACCUUUACUGGAUCAUCUGGCAAUAAUGACACAGCCAGCUUAGGCAUCACAGAGCACAUGGACAUUAAAGAACUUUUGUACACAAGUUCAAUGGAUAAGUGGCUGAAAAAGGAAAGUGUAAAGACGCAAGAAUCAGCUAGUGUUUCCUCAAGUCCACACUGUGGAAAAUCUAUGUCUAAUGAUCAUGAUGGUCCUGCAAAGUCACUUACAAAGAAAAGAAAAUAUGAUGAUGAUUAUAUAAAAUAUGGCUUUACAUGCAUUGGUGAUCAAGAAUGUCCAAAACCACUGUGUGCGAUUUGUGGUGAUGUUCUAGCAAACAGCAGCCUCAAACCUUCUCUAUUUCGGCGCCAUUUAGAAACUAGGCAUCCUGCACAACUCGACAAGCCUGUUGAUUUUUUCAAGCGAAAAUUAGCUGAGAGGAAAAGUGACAUUACCAGUUUUAUAUCCAAAGCAAGUACUGAUAAUGAAAAUGCACUUGAAGCAUCAUACCGCGUGAGCUACCGAGUAGCUAAAGCAUCAGAAGCCCAUACCAUAGCAGAGAGCUUGAUUGGUCCAUGUAUAAAAGACGUAGUUCAUUGCAUGCUCGGAGAAAAGGCUGCAAAAAGGAUUGAUAUGGUACCUUUGUCCAAUAAUACGUUAUCACGAAGAAUUAAUGACAUGUCAAAUAACGUAGAGACCACAAUUGUACAGAGAGUGAAAAAUAGUCCAUAUUAUGCUAUACAGUUGGAUGAAUCAACUGGUGUAGCUAAUCUAGCUAUUUUGCUACUGUUUGUACGUUAUGUGAAUGAAGGUCUGGUUGAAGAAGACUUGUUGUUUUGCCGACCACUGGAAGAACGUACAACUGGAGAAGAUAUCUUCAAUCUGACUAAUGCAUAUUUUCAAGAAAAGGAAAUAGAUUGGUCCCGUUGCCUAGGCAUUUGCACUGAUGGGGCCACAUCAAUGACGGGGAAGUAUACUGGAUUUGUAGCUCGAACAAAAAAGGUUGCAUCAAAAGUCUCUUGGACUCAUUGCAGCAUCCAUAGACAAGCCCUCGCAACAAAACACAUGCCUGAGGGACUGAAGGAAGUGCUGGACAAUGCAGUGAAAAUGGUGAAUUUCAUAAAAUCACGGCCAACAAAUUCCAGAAUAUUUCACGUACUUUGUGAAGAAAUGGGUAGUAUACACGAUAGUCUGUUGACCCAUACUGAAGUUAGAUGGCUCUCACGGGGCAAAAUCCUGGUGCGCUUGUUUGAGCUUAGAACGGAAAUCCUAGUUUUUUUCAACAGCCACCCUUUCCACCUUGCCAGCUGUAUGGAAAAUAAUGUCUUGCUCCAGAGCCUAGCUUAUUUAGCAGAUAUUUUCUCAAGAAUUAAUGACCUAAAUUUAUCUCUUCAAGGUCUCAAUAUAACAGUUUUCAAUGUGCAAGACCGAGUUGAAUCCAUGAUAAAGAAGUUGCAGUUCUGGGAAAGUUGUUUGGAAAACAAUCAAACUGAGUGUUUCAGUAAUCUUCAUGACUUCCUGGCAGAACAUAAACUUCAGUUGGAUCAGUGCACUAAAACCAAUAUAACUGCACACCUAAAAGGACUUUGCACAACAUUCAGGGAUUACUUUCCAGCUAUAUCAGGCGAUAAUGACUGGAUUCGCAACCCUUUUGAUGAUACCACUUUCUCAACACAGAUAUUGAACACUGAGGAAAAAGAGAAAUUGAUUGAGAUCUCCUGUGAUUACGAACUGAGAAGGAGUUUCAGAAAUCUGUCAUUGAUCAACUUUUGGCUGAGUUUAAGAAACGAGUACCCCCUUCUGGCAGAAAAAGCUGCUGCAGUUUUGUUACCUUUUUCAACAACAUACUUAUGCGAGAAAGUGUUUUCCUCGUAUGCACAUCUGAAAACGAAAUACAGAAACAGACUUGAUGCCGAACCAGACCUGAGACUUUAUCUUUCUCCAAAGGUUCCGGACUUCAAAGAGCUAUGCAGAGCAAAGCAAGCGCAUCCAUCACACUGA